CGCACACGAAAGCGAGGGACAGCGAAGCGGAGGCAGGGCGCCAGCGGUCGGCAGCGCCACCCUGUGAGCCAGCCAAGAAGUGUUUGGCCGUGUGUACUUGUCUAUCUCUCCGCUUUCCGUCUUUUGUAAGCCUGCCCCGCACCGCAGCGCACCCUGCCUCCCGACCCGACUGCCUUGCCUUGCCUUGCCUAGCCUGUCUAUCUCUCUCUUUAUAUAUUCUGACAGCUGCCUGCUACAGCCCUGCAGCAAUUUAUACUCAGAAUUGAUUUCCUUCCUCCUGGACUGACUGACGACUGCACAUCGCACCCAUCGAACACAACUGUCUGCAGACUAUCGCAAUGCUCAUACAAGACGACACAAGACAGCAACCGACAGCCGGCGACCCCCCUCCCGCCCAGACACAGCCCGCCACAACCAGCAGCAGCAGCACCACCACCACCAGACGGCGGCACCCCCCUACCGCCUCCCUCCCCCUCCGCCUUCCCUCUCUCAGCUCUUUCAGCUGGGUCCUUGCGGUGCUGCUGAUCGUCCUUUUGUCGUCCCUUCCCCUGUCGGUGCGUGCGCAGCGGCUUGAGAUAUGUCCAUACGACGAGGGCUACGGCGAGUACGCGUUCUCGCCGAAGAGCGGCAAGUGCGAGAAGAUCCACCUGGGCGGCGACAUCUUCCCCGUCAUCAAUGCGACUGACGAGCUGUUCCUCUACGGCAAGUUCGAGGCGCGCAUCAAGGCCUUCCAGUGCAGCGGGGCGAUUGUGACCUUCUUUCUCUAUAAGCCCAACUCUGACAAGCCCGGCAGCCAGUGGCAGGAGCUCGAUAUCGAGAUAUUCGGGUCGACGGCCCACCUGUGGGAGGAGGGGACGGAGAGCGGCGUGCCCAACACGUUCCAGUCCAACCUGAUCACGGGCAUCACGCCCGGCCGUGAGCUCAAGGAGGCCAAGCACGUGACCGACACCCGGCUUGACACGGAGUUCCACACCUACACGAUGGAGUGGACGCCGACGCGCAUCGCGUGGUUCUUUGACGAUGAGCUGGUGCGGGAGGACACCGACCCCGACUCGAUGAAGAAAAUGAACGAGUCCAUGACGCUACACAUCAACGCAUGGGUGGUCAACCCUCGUAUCGAGAUGUGGGCGGGCGUCUUCGACCCCGACUGUCUGCCCCUCACCGCCCAGUUCGAUUACGUCAAGGUGUGGGACUACGAUAACAAGACCGAUGACUUCACGCCUCGCUGGUCCGACACCUUUGAUGAGUUCAAGGAGUACAGCAAGGGCGGCAGGUGGGGCAUCGGCGAAUACACUUUCGACUUCAACCGCGUCCAGUACGAGAAGAGCCAGGUGACCGCCAAGAACGGCACCCUGCAUGUCGUGGUCGACCGGAAGAAUCUUACGGCCGAGUACCCGCCCUACGGUGAGUGAGCCCCCAGGCCGCCCCGCACUCCUCUGCGGUCGAUCAUUCUGUCUGUCUGUCUGAUAUCCAUCCUUGCUGCCUUGCCUCAGAGUCGAUAGACAAUUCGUGUUGGGAGCUAGACACGGCCAUCAACGACUUCACUCUGGGGAUAGAGGAGCUCGACAAAAUCACGGUGCCGCUGUUCGAGAAGGCCAACACCUCCGACGCGUGCCAGGCGGCGUGCCAGGCCGAGUGGCGGUGUCGCCACUUCACCUUCACAGAGGGCUACGGCUGCGAACUCAAAUGGAACCGCACACAGGACAGCGUCAAGAUCGCUGAGGGCGCCACCACCGGGCCAAAAUACUGCGGUAAAGAGCCAACAGAGUGACCACACACACAUCGAAGGAGAGACACACUACUACAUGUGCUGUCCUUUGUGCCUCGUCCGUCAUCAGUUGAGUGGUGCAUUGAGGAGCUUGAGGAUGGCACGGACGUCAACCAGUACUACCAGCUCGAGAACCUCAAGGCCAAGUCGCGCAAGGCCUGCGCCGACACGUGCCUGGAGACCACAUUGUGUGGGGGCUACGUGUACCACCCCAAAAGCCACAACUGCCAGAUGAAGGGCUUCCCCUCCGUCCCCAAGAACGUCAGCGACGAGAGCCCCCAUUUUCAGGGCGGUGUCAAAAUUGCGUGCGGCUACCCGGCGACCACCCCACCGCCAGAAGGUCGCCCCGCCCACACAGGCGGACACACAUGGCCACAUGGCAUGGCCCCAUUGAUCUGUGUGUGCGAAUUGCGUGCAGAGAUAUCGUGUUACAGCAUGCCUGCCGACUACAAGGGUCUGGAUGUGGGUGGCAAAGCCAAGGGCGUCAAGACGGCUUCCGAGUGCCAGGCGCUGUGUCAGGAGAACAAGCAGUGCUUCAACGUCGUCUAUGGCGAGCAGUGGGGCGGGUGCUACCUCAAGGGUUGGGAGGUCGAGCUGGACAAAAAAACAACUGGCCUCAUUGCAGGACCCAGAAGCUGCGGUGAGCGAGCGAGGAGACAGCGCACAAACAAAUCGUCAAACCAGCACAUCGGUGUCUGUCUUUCUUCUGUCGUCUUUCUGUUGUGGUCAGACCUGGAUUGUGUCGAGGAGGGCUUCAUCUACCACAGCAACGACACGCUCGGCCUGAUGGACACCCCCUCAGACGCGCACAAGUCACCCGACACCUGUGCCAUGGCCUGCGAGGACACGGCAGAGUGCUCCAUCUUCACUUGGCGGGGGCCGCAGUGCCACCUGUUCGGCAAGGAGGACGACAAAACCCCCCUGCACAUCAUCAAGGGCACACCCGACAAGGGGGACAAGUCGCUCAAGGCCGCCAAGAAGGAGUGCGAGUCGGUGUGCAAGGACGACACGAGCUGCCACAGCAGCCGUAUACUGGAGGCCCAGUGCAUGCUCAUGCCACACGAGGAGAACAAGCCCGUCGUCAAGGUGCCCGUCUACGGCUACUACCACGACGCCUUCGUGCCCUACGUCUCCGGCCCUGCCGCAUGCCCCUCCCGCGCCAGCAAGGACCUCAUCAACGACCUCGUGGCUGCGGGCAUGCAGAACCUCACCGUGGCCCAACGCAAGAGGAACACCAACACACCCGACAAGUGCCCAGAUGGGUAUAUCCGCGGCACCAACGGCGUCUGCUAUCGUCUGAGCUUCGAGCGUGCCACGUGGGAGGAGGCGGAGGCCAUCUGUGAGGGCGAGAAGGCGCACCUGGCCACUCCCACAACUGCCGAGGACCAGGCGAGCAUCCUGGAGCUCUUCUGUCUCGACGACGGCAUGUGCCUCGUCCCCAGGGACGGCUUGCACGACGGCGACUACUUCAUCGGACUCAGAAGGACCAACAAGGUGGGUGGGAUACAUUGACGGGGCAGGGGGGGAUGUGAGCAAGCUGUGACGGUGGAUGGUUUGUGCAGGGUAAGUGGCGGUGGAUUGACGGCGAGAAGGUGACCUUCAGCAACUGGGCGGGGAAGCGCAAGACGCCGCUGCUCGACUACGGCCAGGGUGUGGCCCUCAAGAUGCCUGCAGACGACAAGGGCAAGAAAUGCGCAUACAUCUACGUACGCACCAAGCAGCACAGAACACACAAGACCAGAAGAAAGAUUUCGGCCAAUGUUCCCCUGUGCUGUGCGCCUUUGUUGCCCGGCUGCAGCCGCAAGAUUACUCGACAGGCAAGAUCAACGGCGGCUGGGGCUCCAUCGAGUGCCACACAUCCGCCACAGCAGACUUCCGCCCCAAACGCGUCACCCGCAGGUACAUCUGUGAGUACGAUCCAUCCUUCAAACCGCCGCCGCACGAGAAGAAACCUAAGGAGGGCAAGAAGAAACCCGUCACCAACACUACGUGCCCCUGCUGCUCUGACGGCGACAUGGACGGCAGCGAUGUGGGCGGGCUGGCCAGCGGGGUGGAGUCGAUCGCCGAGUGCCAGAAGAUGUGUGACCAGACGGCCGACUGCUUCUAUGUCGUGUUCGGGCGGCAGUGGGGGGGGUGCUACCUCAAGGGGUGGGACGCUGUGCCCGCUGACACCACCACCGGCAGCAACAAGAAGAAAGAACGGACCGACCUUGUGCACGCGCCAAGGAGCUGCGGUGAGUGAGUGAGGGUGAGAAAGACCCACCAAGGCCCCACGCGCCCCCACCUACGCUAUUGUAUUGUCUUGGUGUUUUUGUUGUUGGUUGCAGAGAUGAGCUGCAGUGCGCAGGGCUUCACGCUGCCUUUGGGCGGGGACGACAUCAUCAAGACGGAGCCGGCCCACAGCCCGUCUGUGUGCGCCACCCGAUGCAAGCAGAUCAAGGGCUGCGAGAAGUACCUCUGGCGGGGCAGCAGGUGCCUCCUGCAGCAGCUUAUGACGGUGAGUGAGUGAGUGAGUGAGUGAGUGGACAGACAGACAGACGGCCGAGUACUGAUGUCAUUCAUGUCUGUCCGUGUGGCAUGAUGGUCUGUCUAUCGAUCAGAACUCCUCAUCCCCGUCGCCCAUCUUUGAGAUGGCGGCCCUCGACGCGGCCACGUGCAACACUCUCUGCAUGGACGACCCCCAGUGCACGGCGGGCGGCGAGUACCACCCCCCGUCAUGCACCUACUCCAGCGACAAGUCGGCUCUCUUCACCCCAAUCCACCCCUACUACCACGAGAGCAUCGUGCCAUCGGCAGUGGGGCCGGCCCCCUGCCCAUCCCGCAACAGCACGGCUGCCUUGGCGCAUGUGCAGGUGCAAGGGGGCGGCAAGUGCCCUGACGGCUACCAGAUGGGGUCGAAUGGGGUGUGCUACCGGCUGUCCUUCGAGCGGGCUUCGUGGAAGGAGGCCGAGGGCAUCUGCGAGCAGGAGUUCGGUCAUCUGGCCACCAUUAAUGACGAGGUCGGAAGGAACAGAGACAACGAAAUGCGCCACGUCUCUCUUCCCAUCCAUCCAUCCAUCCAUCCAUCUGUGUCAUGCAUUCAGGCCGAGCACAAGGCGAUCAUGGGUCUGUUCUGCAGCAGCAGCGGCGGCAACUCGUCGACCACCACGUCGCCCCACUGCUGGGUGCCGCAGGAGGGCCACCACGACUCGCAGGUGUUCGUCGGUCUCAAGAUGACGUCCAACGGCUGGCACUGGCUCGACGACAUUGCCGAGAAGGGCAAAAAGGCGGGCGACCACAAGCUGAUAUGGGGCAAGAACCUCGGUGACGACCUGUCAGGCGAAUGCGGAUUCAUCGCGGUAUUUCCGUCUGUGAGUGGGGUGUGGUGUUUGGGUAUGUCCUCAUUCUCUCUCUGUGUCUGUGUGUGUGAUGUGUGUGCAGCCGCAAGACCCCUCGACGGGUGCCUUGGUCGGCAGCUACGGCACCCUGGCCUGCCACAGGGCGUGUGUGCCGCAGCCGGCCCACUUCCCCUCUCCAUCCCAUGUCGACAAGUGGAUCAACCUGCCCUCCUGCCUCACACCCGACAAUAAGCACGGCAAGAUCGUCCGCGUCACACGCCGAUACGUCUGCGAGGCCCACCCCAAGUACGACGCCAAGAGCAUGCAGAAGGAGAUCGACAUUGCCGAGCCGGCGGAGAUCGGCGAGCCGGCCACGGACGAGGUCAAGUGCGCGUGGCCGCGGGUCGACCUCGAUAGCAAGACCAUUGCAGGUGGCAGGGGCGAUGGCGUCAAGAGUUUGGCGGAUUGUCAGGACAUAUGUGGGGACGUCAUUGGCUGCCAUUAUGUGGUGUUCGAGCCGGACAAGGGCGCGUGCCACCUGAAGGGCUGGGAGGUGGGGCGCAUCCGCACCGACGAGCGGCUCAUCAGCGCCCCCAGGAGCUGCGGUAAGACAGACACCAAACCAGCCCGCCGCCGCUCAAACAACACAUAAAAGUGUGGUGCGUUGUUUGUUCUUUCUUUCUCUCUCGCUGCGAGACAGACAUGAGCUGCACCGACACAGGAUACGAGUAUGGUGUGGGUGAUGGUUCUGCCAUCAAGACCAUCAAGCUGCAGCACCUCGACCGGAGCGACGCCAAGGCGCAGGAGCGGUCCGUUGACGAGUGCCGGGAGGCGUGCAAGAAUGAGGAGGCGUGCCGCUUCUUCACCUGGAUGCAGCCCGCCUGCCAGCUCAUCGGCCGCCCCGAGGAAGACGCCAAGAGCGGCCUCUCCACUCUCCACCUCAUCGGCGCUUCCAGCCAGUCGGAGUGCAACAUCAUCUGCGAGACCGACCCGGCCUGCAGACAGACCACCUUCCAGCCGCCCACAUGCACUCUCAAGUCGCAGAACGCCCUCACGCAACGACACGCGCCGCUGUUCACUCAGUCCGUGGUCACUUACAUGUCCGGCCCCGCACCGUGCCCAUCGCGGCAAUCGGACUUUGACAGCGACCCGAGGAUGCGCGAGGACGGUGGUGUGGUUGGCGACGGGUGUCCGGAGGGAUACUACCGUGGCGGCGACCGUGGUGGCUGCUACAAGGUGCAUCUGGAGCGGCUCAGCUGGGACGAGGCAGAGCACGUCUGCAUGGACGAGGGCGGACACCUCGCGUCUAUCGGAAAUGCGGUCAGUCAGUGUUAGAGGACAGGACACAUCACAUCACAACACGCCACGCCACGCCACGCCUCCCGGCAUUCAUUUGUGUCAAUCAACUGGAUGUGGUGAUGUGGUGUGUGCAGGAUGAGGACUCAGCGUUCCUGCAGCUGUUCUGCUCGGAUGAGAAGGCGUCGAGCUGUCUGCUGCCCCGCGGCGCCCGGCAUGACGGGGAAUACUACAUCGGAGCCAAAAACGACCCCGCAAGCGUUAGCAGCACACACACACACAUUGCUCGUCAAUCCGUUUCCACCCCAAUCAAUCUCAUCACCUGUGUCUCGUGUUUGGUCCUUGAUGCGAUGCAGUGUGAGGGUGCGUCGUGCUGGUCGUGGUCUGACGGCACGACAUGGAAGUACACCCACUGGGGCGGCAACCGCGGCCACCCUGAGCUGAAGUACAGGAAACUCGCAAAGAUCAACCCCGACACCGAGCCAAAGGAGAAGGAAUGCGCUUUCUUCUACGUAGGCACGCCACACACGCUCCCAAACAGACCAGACCACCAACACACCAACACACACACAUUCAACACACACACGUGUCUCUCUGCCUGCGUGUAAUGCAGCCGCAAGACGCCGACGGCAAGCCUAAUGGCGGUUGGGGUGCGAGACAGUGCGAGUCUCAUCGGCGGUUUGUGUGCGAGAAGCGGGAGAUCCGGGGCAAGAGCGGGCUGGAGGAGCUCAAGGGCCGCACGGGGCCACUGCUGGCCGUCAAGCUGCUGCACCAAAACUAUGACGCCGUCAUGAUGGUACGCUGCGGUGUGGGAACAGAACAGUGGAUCGAUCGGUAGAUGUCUCGUGUGUGUGUGAUUGUGAUUGUGCAGAGUGUGUCGAAGCUUCAGGCGUUGGUAGGGAAGCUCAAGGCGGCCAUCGCUGCAGACCUGCACGUGGCCUCCGAUGACGUCCACAUACGGCAGCUACUCUCGGGAUCCAUCGUCGCACUUUUCGAGUCAGCCACCACACCAACACACACACACACACACGCACACACACACACAAAUGCGGACAAUAAUAAUCUGGCCUAUCCUGUCAACGGAUCAGGUUGACGGAGUCGAGCACAGUGUCUUUGGUGGAUCAGUGGAAGGCCAUCCUGAGGGACCCCUACUCCCACACCCGGCGGGCCUUCGCCGUCGACCCCCACUACCCCCCCUCACUCACCAUCUCACCCAACGGCAAGAUCGUCCCACCUGCCUUCUCCUCAUCUGACAUUCCCCGGGCAACCUACCUCUGGCUCAUCAUCCUGCUCGUCUUCGGCGUGGUCAUGUUCAUGACGGCCGCCGUGUGGCUGGUGCUGACGGUCCGGUGCAAGCGACGGAUGAAGCUCGUCAACACCGACCACCCCCGGAAGAUCCACAAGAUCGUCAUCUCCAGCGAUGGCACCCGGCACACAACCCGGUCCCACAGCCGGACCCCCACACGGACACCCGCCGCCGCCAGAACGCCUAGCAGGACCCCGCGGUCUCGACGGCACACAGAUGGCGUGAGUGGGAGCGGCAGUUGCAGCAACAGGAGCAGGCGGCGGCAGCCGUCGCGGGAGGGCCCGACGCCCAAGCAGAGCAUCCUGGGGGCGGUGGCAAGGGACGCGGAAAUGGACAAGAAACCGAUGACAGCCACAGGGGUCCCGCCGGGCGGGGGCGUUGGGGGGCAUCCUAUCAGCCCGUCGGUCGAGAGGCAAGACAAGGUCCUCUGAGCGAUGCGAUCAUGUUGAUUCAUGUCGUCAUGCCUGUCCGUCUCUGUGGUGUGGUGUGGUGUGGUCCGUUCCGGACUUUGUCGAUAGGGGCGGGUUGGGGUGGGGCGUGUGGAUACGGUACCUGUGUCGGUGUCCGUGUUUGCUGGUUUUAUUUAAGCCUCACGUGUGGAUGAUGGAUGGAUCGAUGCGUGUGUGAGUGAAGUGUGGGCGACGGUCGCGGUGUCGUGUUGUGUGUGGGAGGGAGUGCAAUGCAGUGGAGCGUGGAGUGAGUGGCGUGGAGAGUGCGUGAGAGGGCGUGCGGUGCGGUGCGGCAGUCACAGAAGUGUGUGUGGUUGUGGUUGUGUUGGUGUGUCUGCAUCCAACCCACCCAUCCCAUCGAUCGGAUCUAUCCUUUGAUCUCAUCCAGAUGUUCAUGCCGGCCAUGCGUGUCUCGGCUGGUGGGGUGGCACGGCACUCACUGGUGUUAUUUAAAUCUCCUCUAUCUUGCCCUAUAUGAUUUACUCUCCCUCUCGCCCUCUCAGAUCAGGUUGUUUGAUUGUCAGUGGUCUAUUUGACACCAUUUUCACCGGACACGCCCGCCUACUAGCCACCUAGCCACGUAGCAACCCAGCGUCACGGGACAUUUUAUAGUGACAGAUCGAUGGAUGGAUGGAUGUGUGCACGCGCAGCAAAAGGGCCUAGGCCCGGCCCACGAGUGUCGAUCCGUUUUUGGUUCCCUACCUCCCUCUCUCUCUCUCUCUCUCUCUCAUUCAUAUCCCUCUCUCAGACGAGUGGCAUGUCGGCCCGCACGCACGCACAACAGCUCACAGUCAGACUAACAGGGGUUGGUUGUACCUACCGGAUGUAUGCAUGUAUCGUAGCCACACUGACGCCCAAUUUUCUAUUUGUCAGUCUGACUCUUCGCCCCUCUCUGUGUCUCUGUGUCUGUGUGUGUGUGUCAUCACCCAUAUAUAUCAAAGUCCACCCCUCUCCUCUGCCCCCACUCCUCUGCCCCCACUCCUCUGUCUGUCUACCGCCGUACAGUACAUACUACACACACACGGUAGAUAGCGGCCGGCGUGGCGAGGCGUGGCGAGGCGAGGUUACCCAUUACCCUAACUAAUUGUCUGUCUGUCUGGCUGUCUGUCUGUCUGGUCAAGACUUCACACACAUCCAUGCCAGGUGUACUCGAUGCGAUGCAGGUUUUGACGGACUGUUUGUGUGGAUGCCAUGCCGGCGUCUCUUCCCGUACCGACGCAGAGAGAGCGAAUGAUAAGUACUUAAGGGUCCUUGCCGCCUACCUAUACCUACCGGGUACCUUGGUGGUGUGUCUGGUCUGGACCCUGUUUGUUCGUGUGUCGGUGUGUUUUGGU